AUGGAAUCAACAAUCAACUGUGAGAUUCAACCUAACAGUUCCAGAGGGGAAAUCAACAUGAGGGUGGACAGGAGGGUUGAUAUACCAGUUUAUGACAUCUCACUGCUCAGGAACAUUUGGGAAGGCAGAGAGAAAAAAUACAAAAACAAGCAGAAGAAGGAACACGAGCGAGUACAGAAAAGCGCUCUGACCAAGCAGAAACUCAAACAGGAUAAGUCACUGCUCCAAAACCGCCAUAAAAAAGCCAGCAAAUACAUUUUUGAACUGGAUGGUGAUAAAUGGAUGGAUCUUCCUGAUAAUCUUCUUGAUAUGACAUACCUUCGAGAAUGGCACAUAAGAAGAACUAAAAUCUGCAAAUUACCAGAGUGGAUUGUGCAGUUUCCGGACCUCUGCGUAUUGGAUGUACCCCAAAACGGAAUUGGCAAGCUGCCUGUUGAAAUAGGUCAAUUAACAAAGCUGAGGGUGCUGAAAGUUAAUUACAAUAGGCUGUCCAGUAUUCCUCCAGAACUUGGUGAAUGUGAGAAUCUGGAGAGAUUGGAGCUAACUGGAAAUGAUCUUGAACAGUUGCCUUUUGAGUUAAGCAAUCUCAAGAAAGUCACACACCUGGAUAUAGCAGAAAACCAAUUCGCCAGCAUACCCAUCUGUGCUCUUCGUAUGACAAGCCUACAAUUGUUGGAUAUGAGUAUCAACAUGUUGACGGAUUUGCCUGAGGAUAUGGACAGGUUGGAAGAAUUGGAAUCCUUGUUUGUUCAUAAGAAUAACAUGUCAUAUUUGCCAAAGUGUUUGGUAAAUAUCACUACACUCAAGAUGAUUGUUGUUAGUGGAGACACAUUGAUCUGCUGGCCUUCAGGGCUUAAAGAAAAUCCUGCCAUCAAAUUCAUUAAGCUAUAUGACAACAUGGUUGAUGAGAUAAUGGAGGGGGAUGAUGAGAUAUUGGAAACAAGACAAGACCAUCACAAAGAAUUUCUGCAGACAUACAUUGACACAGUGAAGGACAGAGAAACUGCGCCAACAUACACCACCAAAGUGUCAUUCUCAUGCUGUCUGUAAUGGAGAUUCAGAUGACCAGAAGAAAACGGACAACCAUGCUGCUGUGCAUGCAUUGCAUAUCAAUCCUCUGAACACUUGUAAACAGUGGCCGAGUUCCAGGCUGACUACAUUGCAGAUGCAUGCCAAAACUCACAUCACCUGGAUAGAUGUUUAACACA